AAUUUCAAACCAACCCAUUCCCUUUCCCGGCAAAAUCCCCCUCGCCGGAGAAACUAACCGUAACACAAAACUACCCCUCCAAAAUGUCCAAAUUCCCACUCCACUUCUUUUUUCUCUUCUUGAUCUCAAUACCCUCCAAAGUAAUUUCACAAACCACCACCAACACAGAACAGUCCACUCUCUUGAGCAUCAAGCAACAGCUAGGCAACCCCCCUUCCUUACAAUCUUGGAACUCGUCAUCCCCGCCGUGCACUUGGCCGGAGAUUAACUGCACGGAUGACGGCACCGUCACUGGUCUGUUACUCCGUGACAAGAACAUCACAGUACCAAUUCCAUCAACAAUCUGUGAUCUCAAGAACCUGAGUUAUCUUGACUUGGCUUAUAAUUACAUUCCUGGUCAAUUUCCAAAAUUUCUUUACAGUUGCUCCAAUCUUGAAAGCUUGGAUCUUUCUCAAAAUUAUUUUGUGGGCCCAGUUCCUGAUGAUAUUGAUAAUCUUUCUAAUUUGAAAUAUAUUGAUCUUGGAGCUAAUAAUUUCUCUGGUGCUAUUCCUGCUGCGGUUGGUAAUUUACCAAAGUUGCAGACUUUGUUUCUUUAUCAGAACCAGUUCAAUGGUACUUUUCCUAAGGAGAUUAUUAAUUUGUCUAAUCUUGAGCAGUUAGGGUUAGCUUUUAAUGGGUUUGUGCCUUCAACUAUUCCUGUGGAGUUUGGUAAUCUUAGAAAUUUGAAGUUACUGUGGAUGAGAGAUGCAAAUUUGGUAGGUAAUAUACCUGAAAGUUUGAGCAAUUUAUCGAGUCUCGUGGAGUUGGAUUUAGCAGUGAAUAAACUUGAAGGUAAAAUUCCUGAUGGGUUGUUUUUAUUGAAGAAUUUGACAAAUUUGUAUCUGUUUCACAAUCAAUUGUCUGGUGGGUUAUCUCAGAAAGUAGAAGCUUUGGAUUUGGCUGAAAUUGAUAUUGCUAUCAACAACUUGACCGGUUCAAUACCAGAAGAUUUUGGCAAGUUACAGAAUUUAAAAGUUCUGCAUCUCUAUAUGAAUCAACUAUCUGGUGAAUUACCUCGAAGUUUAGGACUUCUGCCUGAGCUGUCGUCUUUUCGGAUUUUCACCAACAACUUGAGUGGAGUUCUGCCACCGGAAAUAGGCCUCCACUCAAAGCUCGUGUCUUUCGAGGUUUCGACUAAUCGUUUCAGUGGUCAACUGCCGGAAAAUCUCUGUUUUGGAGGUAAGCUGAUUGGUGUUGUUGCGUAUACAAACAACCUGACAGGACAAGUGCCUCAAUCGCUCGGCAGUUGUGCUACUUUGAUCACGGUUCAGCUUUAUAAUAACAGGUUUUUCGGCCAGAUACCUUCAGGUAUUUGGACCGCAAUCAAUAUGACAUACUUGAUGCUAAGUAACAAUUCUUUUUCCGGUCAAAUUCCGAGCUCUUUGGCUCGGAAUUUGACAAGGCUAGAGCUUAGCAACAAUAAAUUUUCAGGCUCGAUUCCGACUGGUUCCUCUAGUUGGGUGAAUUUGGUUAUUUUUGAGGCAAGUAAUAAUCUGUUGUCAGGUGAAAUUCCUGUGGAAUUGACCAGCCUCUCUUUCCUUAACAAUCUUUUGCUUGAUGGGAAUCAACUUUCCGGUCAGCUCCCGUCCAGGAUUAUCUCCUGGAAGACAUUGAACACGCUAGAUCUUGCAAGAAAUGAUCUUUCUGGUCAAAUCCCAGCAGCAAUGGGAUCUUUACCUAAUUUACUUUACUUAGACUUGUCUCAAAACCAUCUCUCCGGAAAAAUCCCAUCCGAAUUCGCCAAUCUGAACCUUGUAUCUCUCGACUUAUCGUCUAAUCAGUUUUCCGGUCAAAUCCCAGAGAAGUAUGAUAACCUUGCUUAUGAGAAUAGCUUCCUGAAUAAUUCUAAUCUUUGUGCUGUGAAUCCUGUUCUAGACCUUCCAAAUUGCUACACUAGAACUCGUAAUUCAGAUAAAUUGUCCUCUAAGGUUCUGGCCUUGAUUCUUGUUCUUACAAUAACUGUUUUCAUAGUUGCUGUUUCGUUAACUAUGUUGGCUGUUCGAGAUUACUUGCGAAAGAAGCAAAAACACGAGCUGGAAACAUGGAAGUUGACAUCGUUUCAGCGAGUGGAUUUCACACAAGCAAACGUUUUGGCGAGUUUGACAGAAAAUAAUCUGAUCGGAAGCGGAGGAUCAGGGAAGGUAUACCGAAUUCCUGUAAACCGUGCAGGAGAAUCUGUUGCUGUAAAAAGAAUUUGGAAUAACAGAAUGUUCGAUACAAAACAUGAAAAGGAAUUUCUCGCCGAGGUUGAAAUCUUAGGCGCGAUCAGGCAUGCAAACAUAGUGAAGCUGUUGUGCUGUGUUUCGAGUGAGGACUCGAAGCUUCUGGUGUAUGAGUACAUGGAGAAUCAAAGCCUUGACAGAUGGCUUUAUGGGAAGAAGAGAAUAUCAUCAGCGGCAGGGCCAAAUUCUGUCGUCUUGGAUUGGCCUAGGAGGUUGCAGAUUGCCAUCGGAGCUGCACAAGGACUAUGCUAUAUGCACCAUGAUUGCUCUCCACCGAUCAUUCACCGGGACGUGAAGUCUAGUAACAUCCUGCUGGAUUCUGAAUUCACGGCAAGGAUAGCAGAUUUCGGGUUGGCCAAAAUCGUGACCAAGGAAGGAGAAGCCCGUACGAUGUCUGCUGUAGCAGGCUCUUAUGGCUAUAUAGCCCCAGAGUAUGCUUAUACAGUCAAAGUGAACGAGAAGAUUGAUGUCUAUAGUUUCGGAGUUGUUCUUCUAGAAUUAGUGACAGGAAGAGAGCCAAACAGCGGAGAUGAGAACUCCAGCCUUGCAGAAUGGGCAUGGAAGCAAAAUGCAGACGGAAAGCCGAUUGUCGACUGCUUUGAUGAGGAAAUCAAGAAAACAUGUUAUCUGGAAGAGAUGACUGGUGUGUUCAAUCUAGGGCUUUUUUGCACUAGCCAACUUCCAAACCAAAGGCCUUCAAUGAAGGAUGUUUUGCAGGUUUUACGUAGAUACUCUCCCAAGUUUAAAAAAGACAGGAUAGCAAGUGAGUUUGAUGUUGCUCCUCUACUAGGCACUGCUACAUAUCUUUCGAGUUAUAGACGGAGUAAGAGAGUAUCGGAUGCCGACUACGAAAGCGACUUGGUCUUUAGCAGCGUAUGAUAAUACAACAUACACUAGUGUUGUUUUUGCCGAUAUUGUAGCAUCGAAAAUAAUGCACAACUCUUACUAGGAGUUCAUUGUGUACUAUAGCUACUUUAGCAAUACAAUUUUCAAAUUUUCUACUUCA